AGUAGUCAAUUGGAAAAUGAACGAAUACAAUCGGUGGUGGUCUAUACUUUGUUUGUGCUCACGAAUUGUGUUGAUAUUUUCUAGUCGAUUUUAUUUGAAAAAUUAGGCUGGAACUCGUGCAAUUAUCUAAGAUUCAAUAUAUUGAAGUUUUAGGCAGAGUCUUAGCCAAGAAGCUAUGGGUCUCGGUCAAAGUGCUCCGUCAGAAUCGGAAGAACGUAAUGUGGGCAACGCAAAAAGCGCUUCUGUUGAAAAACCAAUGCAGCCAAAUUCACCAAAACGAGUCGGGAAACACAUUAACGUGAUAGAUAGUGAGAUACUAACAGCAGACCCUCAUCACGAAAUUGUACUAAAAUUCCAAAAGCUGCAGAUGGAUAACAUAAUUGAAGAAAGAAAUCACAGCGAAAGGAUUAUUAGAGAGAAGGAGAAGUUACUGAAAGAAAAGGAGGAAACCAUUCGACAACAAGCUAAUUUAAUCAAAACCCAAAAUGAACUUCUGGGACAAAGAAAACAACGCAGAGCCAUGCCCAAUGUUGGUGCGGUAAAGUCACACCAAGAUGUAGGUUAUAAGCCACGCUCAUCGAAACCUUUAGCAAAACACGCACCAUUAUCGAAAUCUGUAACUAGUAUCGAAAAUAUACAUUCGAAUGGACAGGAUUAUCGUAAUGAAGUUGCUAAUGAUGACUUCGAGACAAAAUAUUACGAUGUUGAGCCUUACCCAUCAUUGCGCCAAGAACAAACUGGUCAAACAUUCAGUGCGACAAAUACACCAAUUAAUAAUUUUCCGUACAGUAAUCCGUUUCAACGUGAGGCCUGUAGUUCUACCGUUUAUUAUGCGUUGAACAAUGUUCGACCAUCGAAUGGAUUACUUUCAGCAGCAACAUCUAGCCAGCAAGCGAGACGUAGCCAGAAAAACGAUUACCGAAGGAUUAAUAGUAAAAACGAUGAUUUUAGCGAUUAUAACAGUAAACAAUCGGCGGAUCAGCUUCUCGCAGACCUCGAAAAGCAAACUAACUAUGAAGUGCAGAAGUUGGAUAACACUCAAAACGGCAAAAGAUCGCUUAAGCCAGUGACUCGGGGUCAAUGCAAUUUUAAAACUUCCGUAUGUAGAGUCGCUCGGAAGAAUAAAACUGCUCUUAUUGGAGCACCACAAAAAUGCAAGAAGUGUGACGGUUGUCUAGGCAACAAAUUGCCACUGAGGAACUGUAAAAGCGACGAUGAAUGUGAAACUCCUAAUGUGUGGACCUCAGACACCCAAUUUAUUUCGGAUGUUGAUUAAUAAAUGCAAUUAAAUGUC